CGUCAAUGUCACAAAUGUCAAGAAAAAAUAAAAAUGGAGUAAUGAAGCAACAAUAUUGCAAUUUUGUAACUGUCGUUUAAGUUUAUCAAACGAUUGCUAUAAAUUAAUUACAAAAUGCAAAAUUAUCCAUUUCAAAGUGAGUAUCACGCUAAAUUAAAAACACAUGAUUAUACCUACCUUUUCGUUCGCAGUAAACCCACCUGUGGAGAACGGCCAUACGAAUAAAUACGUUUAUUUCAAGCAGAAUUUCGUGCAGCACCAGUCCGUCAACGCUCCGAAAGUGCUAGUAAACCCCCAUUUCAACAAAACCGUAUUCGUCAAUCCGAAUUACAUACCAAACGACCGGGCAUCGGGCACCAGGAAGAUCCACAUCAACCCGAACAAACCCAUUAGCUUCCCGCUGAAAAACACCGCUAAUAACAUACACAUCAAUCCCAACGUCUUACGGAACAUUCCGAUUGCCAAGAAUGCCGAAAACGCGGCGCCCCAGCCUAAGAAGAAUUUGCUAACGUACGCCUCGAAAACGAAGCUAAUCAGAACGCCUUUGAAAGAAUUUAGCACGUACAGCUCGAGACAGGCGAAAGCACGAAGGGUACCCGUCUAUUCGCAGUAUAAGAUCGUUAAAAUUCCGAAGAGCAACAAAAAACCGAGCCCCGCUAAAGUGAAAAGCAGAUUUAAACUGGACAACAGGAGUACGAGUAAAAACGUCAAAUACGUCUUCUCCAAUAGAUUCCUCAGCAUUACGGACAUUGCUAAGAAUAUGCCUUUGAAAGUCAACAGGAACCUCGUGAAUAUCUCCGGGGUGUUCUACAAAAAAUCGCCGAUGAGAUUGCAGAAAAUCGUCAAAAAAGACAAAACGAAAUUGAACGCGACAUUGAAGAAAUCCCGAUAUAAAAUUAUCAGAAACAACGCGAGUAAGAAGAAGGUUGUUAAUAAGAAGAAAACGAGCAGAGGAUCGAUGAGAAAGUGCAACAUACCUUGCCCGUUUUACAGGAAAUUCGGCAAAUGUAAAGGCAAAGACAUGGGAAAGUGCCACAGGAAACACGAUCCCGAUCAAAUAGCGCUUUGCACCAAAUUCCUCCAAGGAGCUUGCGUUGAUACCAAAUGUCUAUUGUCCCACAACGUAUCAGCCGAGAAAAUGCCCACCUGCAAAUUCUACUUGGAAGGCUCCUGCUCGAAGGACAACUGUCCCUAUUUACACGUCAGGAUAAACCCCAAAGCCGACAUUUGCAGGGACUUCAUCGAAGGAUUUUGCAAGAAAGCCUCUCAGUGCGACAAGCGCCACCAGUUCCUCUGUCCGGACUUCGAGAAGAAGGGCUCGUGCUCGAAGACGCGCUGUCCCUAUCCGCACGGCAGAAUGGUAAGAAAGUAUUCCGAUUACAAUAAGCACGAAUUUGCCAAGAAAUCUUCCGAGAUUCCCGCCGAUUCGAAUCGUCGCAUCGACGAUGCGAAAUCGGAGGAAUCGAACCCGCCGGCUCGUUACUACAACGAUAGGAAUUCCGCCCCGAGCGAUGGAAAUCGGCGGAUCGAUUGUAGAAUCAGACCGAAAUUAGGCGUGUUACCGUCGUUUAUAUCUUUAGAAGAGACAUGAACAUUUCUUGGCAAUUUUUUUUUAUUAUAUUUAAGAAGCUAUUUUAUGUGAUGUUGAAUGAAUUGAAUAGAAUAAAUUAUUGAAAUAAACUCGAGUGUUGUUUAUUUUAUUUUUUUGAAUGUUAAUACUUACUAUUACGCCGAUUUUUUGAAUAAAAAUUAAUGACUAGAUUCUUCGAAUAAUGCAUAGCGAAUAACUAAUUGGUCUUUUCUUGGUAAAUCAAGCGCCAGUUAGAUGGCGAAUUGUAGGCGAGUAGUACCGGCGCGUGCAAAAGCAACGAAUAACAAUGCCUGUUGAUAUUCGAAGACAAUUCCAGCCAAUUGUUCAAGUAUCUAAUCAUCUCUUCAGUUUGUACAUCGGCC